AAUGAUAAAAACAAAAAAUAAAUGAAAAUCAACAAUAAAUUGUUACAAUUCAAAUAAUAAUUUUGUGUCUCAAAAAUUUUGAUUUAAAUCUGGAGAAAAUUUAACUAAGAUUUAUAAAUAACUUUAUUCAUACUUCAUAUAAAAAUUAUUAUAAACUUUCUUUGGGGCUGUUUCAUAUACAUACAUCAUAACAUAAUAUUGGUCUUUUCAACAAAAUUCGGUGGCCUUUCUUAUAACAACAAUAUCAAUUGUAUUACAUUGGCCACCCUUUCUCUGCUUUAUAGGUUCACGCAACAUGGAGUUUUAUGAAACAUCCUCCUUCAAUAUUUUUGAUUAACAAUAUAACUGAUUAUUGUGAUAAAAGGUUAAACUGUAAUGGUCAUAAUCAUACGCUUUGUUUUCUUUCACAUGAAGUUAUUAAUAAUUAUACCAUUUAUUAUGAAUAUCAAAUGGAGGGUCGGAUAAAAGAUAUUAUAUUGGCACAUAAUGGAAUUCGCAAUCGAAUUGCAGGCAAAAUGAACAUACCAAAUAUGGAACAUGUGAUUUGGGAUGAUGAACUAUCUCAUAUGGCACUUUCAUGGAUUCGUUACAAGCAUUCACCAUGGAUUCUCGAUCCAUGUACAACUUUUUUUCCAAAGGCGUAUGGAAUAGCCCCAGAAUUUCAUUACAUAGUUCAAAAUAUUUUCUUUUUUCGUUAUAAGUUUUUACCUCAAAAUUUUAUCAAUUCAGUUUUAAGGACAUGGUAUCUGGAAAAAAAUGAUAUGCCAAAAGAAGCACUAUUUAGAGUAUUUAGAGAAAAGUAUGUUAAGCGAAAUUUGGAUUUCCAUAAUAACUUUACAGUAAUCGCACAUCCUUAUAUUAGUCGUGUUGGGUGUGCAAUGGCUAGGUAAUGUAAGCCUUCUAGAACUAAUUGCGAAUGUACAAUUGGUUGAACAUAUUAGCAACAAUAUAGGUCAGAAAUUUUAAAAUUUCAAACGAAAUAGAAUACGAUUUAAAACUGUUAUGCAAGAGGAAUGGAAACUGUUAUACAUUUCAAAACUGUUAUACAAGUGAAACUGUGCAAUUUUACUCAACCAAGCUACAUUUAAAUAUAAAUCAAAGUGACUCAAAGAUAUUUCAGGAAAGAAUGGAUAGGUAACAACAGACAAAACAAAUUAUCGUUUACAUAAACAUAUUAUCAAUGAAAAACUGUAAAGUUCUAAUUUUCAGUUGGGAUAUUUUUCAUCAUUUUAAGUGUGGCGUAUUGUAAAAUAAGAAA